AUGCAGAAUCCUGAUAUCCAUCCGUCCCUGCAUUAUAUCCGUCUAUCGGGUAUAUGUGCUGGUAGCUCCCCUCGUCGGUCUAAAGCAUAUUAUUUAAAAACAGUGAACAUCAACACCACCAUAACAGCCAAUAGAUUCAUGCAGCAACUUUUCUUGGUUACCUGGCUGGGGAUUGACUGUGGAUCAGAAACUAGGACCACAACUAUAGGAGGAGUGUGGCAAACAGAUGAAGCAUACAUUAAAACAGGCACUAACCAAUUCGUUUCGAGUGAUGACUUCCAAACAUUGGGCCUGCUCAAUACCCUUCGCACCUUCACUACUCAGAACAAAAAUUGCUAUGCGCUUCCAGCACUCGCCACCACAAGAUAUUUUGUCAGAGCCGUCUUUCUAUAUGGCAAUUAUGACCACCUAUCGAAGCCACCAACUUUCGAUCUUGAGAUCGAUGGAAAUAAAUGGAUGACUGUUGUCAGCUCCUCCACGGAAAUCCUCCACUAUGAGAUCAUUUAUAUUAGCGUGGGAGAUACUAUUAGUGUGUGCUUAGCUCGAACAAUGGUGAACCAAUUUCCAUUUAUUUCCUCGUUAGAAGCGUGGCCAAUUCUUGAUGAUAAUGCGUACAUUCAUAUGAAUCGAGAUCUGGCCUGGCUCAAUAGUUACCGGUACAAUUAUGGUGCCAACGACUGGAUACUAGGGUACCCUGAUAAGUACAACAGAUUGUGGGAGCCAAAGGCUCAACUUGGCCUGGUGAAUAGAAGUGCUGAUCCUGGAACAAUUUUAACCUCUACGCCUUAUGAGUAUCCACCGGAUUCAGCUGUCUUAGAUGCUAUGGAGGCUCAAAAUGCUACAGACUCAAUUACUCUAUCUUUUGGACCUAUUAAAACAAACAGCCUAAUUAACAUUGAAGCGUAUUUCACAGCAAUGUCAUUGAACGAGGUGACAGAGACGAGAGAGUUCGGGUUUUAUGUGGGGAAUAAGCAACUAACAACUGUGACCACAGAGUACGGGACAUGCACAGGAAUAUGGGCCCUUGUACAGCAUUCAAGCAGCUCUUUAACGAUUGAAUUGCGCCCGGCAGAAACUUCCACAUUGCCCCCAAUUAUCAGUGCCAUCGAAGUGUACACAGCCAGUGAUCCACUUUUUACAACCAGAACAUUGCAGAAUGAUCGUAAGGACAAAGUGCUUAUGUGGCACACAAUAUUAGACAAAUCUGCACAUAUUGAUAAGUACAUUCGAGCAAUUGAAAGGGUGGAGUGGGGAACCAUGUCUCCCCACGAACACGGCAUGGCAAUGGUUGGGCUGCACAGAAAUCUGUCCGGAUAUAAUCUGAGUGGCUUCCUUCCAGAUUUUAGCCAAAUGCAGGCCCUUGUAAACAUAGAUCUGAGUAACAACAGUCUUCAAGGACAGAUUCCAGAGUUCCUCGGAAAUCUACCAAAUCUAAAGACACUCAUCGAAGGAAAUACAAAUUUAGAUGCUUCUCACAAGAAUAAAAGUGCUACAGCCUUAAUCAUUGGACUAUCAGUGGGAUUAUCUCUCUUUGUCAUUCUGAUACUUGUGGCUCUCGUAUACUGGUUAAUACGAAGAAAAAAAGCACACCAAGGACAGAAUCAAAUAAUGGGUCCUGAAUCUGGAGGAUCUGAGAGUCCUCCAAAAAUGAAUUCAGAGAACGCCUCAAUAGGGGCGAGCAUGGAACAACUGAUUAGGCCACAACCACAACCUAGUGCACCAAUGGAGCCAUCAAUGGAAGAAGAUUUCAAGCAAAACUCUGAUGAAGACUAUGUUCCCGUUAGUAGUGCAAAUCAAGUUCAUCAAUCUAUGGCUCCAGAAAUGGAUUUGGAAGAACUCGAGGAAGUUAUCAAACAACACGAGAAUAACACGCAUGAUGAUCCUGAUCAUGAUAAUGACAACGCGAACUCCAAUGAACAUAUAAUCUCAGAUAAAGUGCACGAAAAUGAGCAAGCUAUGGCUCCAGAUAUGGAUUUGGAGGAACUUGAGGAAAUUGUUCAACAAGAAAGAGGGACUAAUGAAUUACACAACUCUGGAAAAACCUGAAUUUUGCAUCUAGCAGCAUUAAAGAACCCACAGUUGAAAAAUUCACCUU